UGGAGGCGGCACUGUCCUGGCCCUGGCUCCGCUGCGGCGGGUGCACUCGGAGCGCCAUGCAGUGCCUGGGGGUCCGGAGCCGGAGCCGCUCCCGGGAGCUCUACCUGCAGGAGCAGAGCCUCAAGGUGGCAGCGCUCAAUGGGCGGAGACUGGGACUGCAGGAUGAUGAGGACCUCCAGGCCCUGCUAAAGGGCAGCCAGCUUCUGAAGGUGAAGUCCAGUUCAUGGCGGAGAGAGCGCUUCUACAAGUUGCAGGAGGACUGCAAGACCAUCUGGCAGGAGUCCCGCAAGGUCAUGCGAAACCCGGAGUCCCAGUUGUUCUCCAUUGAAGACAUUCAGGAAGUGCGAAUGGGGCACCGCACAGAGGGCCUGGAGAAGUUUGCCCGUGAUGUGCCUGAGAACCGCUGCUUCUCCAUUGUCUUCAAGGACCAGCGCAAUACACUGGACCUCAUUGCCCCAUCGCCAGCUGACGCCCAGCACUGGGUGCAGGGUCUGCGCAAAAUCAUCCACCACUCGGGCUCCAUGGACCGACAGCAGAAGCUGCAGCACUGGAUUCACUCCUGCUUACGAAAAGCUGACAAAAACAAGGACAACAAGAUGAGCUUCAAGGAGCUGCAGAACUUCCUGAAGGAACUCAACAUUCAGGUGGAUGACAGCUACGCCCGGAAGAUCUUCAGGGAGUGUGACCGCUCCCAGACAGACUCCCUGGAGGACGAGGAGAUUGAGGCCUUCUACAAGAUGCUGACCCAUCGGGAGGAGAUUGACUGCACCUUCGCUGAGGCUGUAGGCUCAGGGGAGACGCUGUCGGUGGAUCAGUUAGUGACAUUCCUGCAGCACCAGCAGCGGGAGGAGGCGGCAGGGCCUGCACUGGCCCUCUCCCUCAUUGAGCGCUAUGAGCCCAGCGAGACUGCCAAGGCACAGCGGCAGAUGACCAAGGACGGCUUCCUCAUGUACCUGCUGUCGGCUGACGGCAGUGCCUUCAGCCUGGCACACCAGCGGGUCUACCAGGACAUGGGCCAGCCGCUCAGCCACUACCUGGUGUCCUCUUCACACAACACCUACCUGCUGGAAGACCAGCUCAGAGGGCCCAGCAGCACUGAAGCCUACAUCCGGGCUCUGUGCAAAGGCUGCCGCUGCCUGGAACUCGACUGCUGGGACGGACCUAACCAGGAGCCCAUCAUCUACCACGGCUACACUUUCACUUCCAAGAUCCUCUUCUGUGACGUGCUCAGAGCCAUCCGGGACUACGCAUUCAAGGCAUCCCUCUACCCCGUCAUCCUGUCCCUGGAGAACCACUGCAGCCUAGAGCAGCAGCGCGUGAUGGCGCGACACCUGCGGGCCAUCCUGGGCCCCAUGCUGUUAGACCGGCCCCUGGACGGGGUCACCGCCAGCCUGCCCUCCCCGGAGCAACUGAAGGGCAAGAUCCUGUUGAAGGGGAAGAAGCUCGGGGGGCUCCUACCCCCUGGAGGGGAAGUCAGCCCUGAGGCUGUUGUCGUGUCAGAUGAAGAUGAGGCUGCUGAGAUGGAGGACGAGGCCGUGAGGAGCCGGGUGCAGCACAAGUCCAAGGAGGACAAGCUCAGGCUAGCACAGGAGCUCUCUGACAUGGUCAUUUACUGCAAGAGUGUCCACUUUGGGGGCUUCUCCAGUCCUGGAACCCCCGGGCAGGCUUUCUACGAGAUGGUGUCCUUCUCCGAGAAUCGUGCCCUUCGACUGCUCCAAGAAUCAGGAAGCAGCUUUGUCCGCCACAAUGUGGGUCAUCUGAGCAGGAUCUACCCGGCUGGGUGGAGAACGGACUCCUCCAACUAUAGCCCCGUGGAGAUGUGGAACGGGGGCUGCCAGAUUGUGGCUCUGAACUUCCAGACACCUGGGCCAGAGAUGGACGUGUACCAGGGCCGCUUCCAGGACAAUGGGGCCUGUGGGUACGUGCUGAAGCCUGCCUUCCUGAGAGACCCCAACUCCACCUUCAACUCCCGUGCCCUGGCCCAGGGACCCUGGUGGGCUCGGAAGCGGCUCAACGUCAGGGUCAUCUCGGGCCAGCAGCUGCCCAAAGUCAACAAGAAUAAGAACUCAAUUGUGGACCCCAAGGUGACGGUGGAGAUUCACGGGGUGAGCCGGGACAUGGCCAGCCGCCAGACGGCUGUCGUCACCAACAAUGGUUUCAACCCGCGGUGGGACACGGAGUUUGAGUUUGAGGUAGUUGUGCCUGAUCUCGCCCUGGUCCGCUUCGUGGUGGAGGACUACGACGCUUCCUCUAAAAAUGACUUCAUUGGUCAGAGUACUAUCCCCUUGAACAGCCUCAAGCAGGGAUACCGCCACGUCCACCUCUUGUCUAAGAAUGGAGACCAGCACCCAUCAGCCUCCCUCUUUGUGAAGAUCUCCCUGCAGGACUAGGCUAGGGGAGCCCAGUGGGGUCCCGGCCCCCUAUGCACACCUGGGAGCAAGGCUGGUGUGGCUACUCCCGGCCUCUCGCUCAGAGCUAGAGGCCCCUGAACUGCCUUCUGCUCUAACAUAGUGUCUGCUGCUGCUGUUCUGGGGGCCAGGCGCUGGCCCAGUCCCUGGAGCUAUCCUCAAUUCCGUUAGGAACAACACUGCAGCCCUCUCCGCCCUCUGGCCGGCCCUUGGUCAAGGGUUUUUAUAAAAAUCACAAUAAGUUAA